UUCAUCUUCUAGCUCUUCCCAUUUCAAAGAAAACAUUUUUUUUUUCCACUUUUUUUCGGUUGUUCUGGAGUGAGUGUCUAAAUGGGGGGUUCUUCACCUUGUGCUUCUUGCAAGUUAUUGAGACGCCGGUGUGCAAAGGAUUGCAUCUUCGCUCCUUACUUCCCUUCUGAUGACCCUCACAAGUUUGCCAUUGUUCACAAGGUUUUUGGUGCAAGCAAUGUCAGCAAAAUGUUGCAGGAGCUUCCUGUUCAUCAGAGGGCUGAUGCUGUGAGUAGUUUAGUUUAUGAAGCAAAUGCAAGAGUUCGAGACCCAGUUUACGGAUGUGUUGGGGCUAUAUCUUUCCUACAGAAUCAAGUAUCACAAUUGGAAAUGCAACUUGCAGUGGCUCAAGCAGAGAUACUCUGCAUCCAGAUGCAGCAAGAGCCAAACUUACCAACGCAUCAGAUAGACCAAGUCGACAAGUCAUUGCUUCUAUCCACUAAUAACUUCGAUGACAACAAUAUUCCCCAGUACCUCAGCUUUGCUUCUUCUAGCAAUGUAAUCCAAGACCCUCUUAAGAGAGAGUCUCUUUGGACUUAA